CUAAUCCAUCUUUCAAUAUAAUCCAUCAUGCUUUUGACUACUACCUUGCUCAACGUCCUCCUUGCAUCUCUGGUUUCUGCCCGAUAUGUUGAGAACGACCCUAAGACGUGCACCAAAAACCCCAAUAAGAGGGACGUCGGACAGGACCCGGUUUCCGAAGUCGAUGAGAGAGCCAUCAUGGGGGGCAGCUUGCUCGAAGGUCGUGCUGUGGGAAAAACAAUUUGCCUCCAAUGCUGCAACUAUGCUGCUCGAUUCUGCGAUGAAUCUUGCCGUAUCAAACACUCGGGCGCUGGUGCCGCUUUCUGGGCAAUGGCCGCCUGCACUUCCCUAAACCCGGAGUAUAAUUGGUACCUCGUGGACCCCAACGGCAUCCUGCAUCUGGUACUCAACAGUGGUUUAUGGCGCUACAAGCAUUUAUUUGACUGA